UCACAGGAUGAAAUGAAGAGACUUUGACGAUUCGCCUGUUCCUUUAUUCAUUCUACAUAAGAGGCGCUUUGAAAAUUGAGAACGUGAAACUGAGUAAUUCUGGAGACGGAGUUAGGAUAUCUGAAUGGUGGCUGGAGCUUGGAAUUCCAAGGAUUGCGGAUUCGAAUCAGAAGUUGUAGACAGAAAGGAGCAAACACUAAACAAUGAGUAGGUUCGGCAAAGAGAUAGGUACUUGUGAUGAUGGUACUGUCAGUAAUGAAUCUUCUGCUAGUGGGUCAGCUAGAGAAAGAACGGUUUAUCUUGAUCAUGAAAUUGCACAACUCACUAAACUUAGGUCAAGCGCCCAUAAACUUUUUGGGUGUGUUGAGCCUGGUAGGACGAGGUUGCCAGUAUCAACUGUACGAAUGUUAGCUGGCAGAGAAGCUAAUUAUUCUGGACUUGGGAGAUUCUCAUCAAGAGAUGGUUGUCAUGUUCUAAGCCGCUAUUUGCCUACUAAUGGUCCUUGGCUGGUGGAUCGGAUGGAAAGCCGUGCCUAUGUUUCACAAUUUUCUGCUGAAGGAUCACUAUUUAUUGCUGGCUCUCAGGGAAGCCACAUUAGGGUCUAUGAUGUUGACAGGGACUGGAAGGUAGUGAAGGACAUUUCUGCUAGAAACCUGAGGUGGACGAUUACUGAUACAUCUCUUUCACCAGAUCAAUGCUACCUUGUUUAUGCUAGUAUGUCUCCUGUUGUCCAUAUUGUGAAUGUUGUCGGGUCUGCUACCGGACAAUCAAUAGCAAAUGUUACGGAAAUUCAUAAUAGUUUAGAUUUAUCUUCUGAUGAAGAUGAUGACGAAUUUGGGAUUUUCUCUGUCAAGUUUUCUACGGAUGGCCGAGAACUUGUUGCAGCUACUAGUGAUUCCUCAAUAUGUGUUUAUGAUCUUCGAGCUGAUAAGCUGAGCCUUAGAAUUCCUGCCCACGUGUCUGAUGUUAACACUGUCUGCUUCGCUGAUGAAUCUGGCCAUCUUAUAUAUUCUGGAAGUGAUGAUGGUUCCUGCAAGGUGUGGGAUAGGCGUUGCUUUGUCUCAAAAGGGCAACCGGCUGGAACAUUAGUGGGCCAUUUACAAGGCAUUACAUUCAUUGAUAGCCGUGGAGAUGGUCGUUAUUUAAUUUCUAAUGGAAAAGAUCAGACUACAAAAUUAUGGGACAUAAGGAAGAUGUCUUCUAAUGUUAUAAAUCCCGGGCUUCUAGAUGACGAUUGGGAUUAUAGGUGGAUGGAUUACCCCCAACAGGCAAGAAAUAUAAAACAUCCCCAUGACCAGUCAUUGGCAACAUAUAGAGGCCACUCAGUGUUGCGUACCUUAAUCCGCUGCUACUUUUCACCAUCGUACAGCACUGGACAAAAAUACAUUUACACUGGGUCCAGCGAUGGCUCUGUUUAUAUCUAUGACCUGGUGAGCGGAGCUCAAGUUGCAAAACUUGACCAUCACGAAGGACCUGUGAGAGAUUGUAGUUGGCACCCUGUGUACCCAAUGUUGAUCAGUUCCUCCUGGGAUGGUGACAUAGUCAGGUGGGAAUUUCCAGGGCGUGGCGAACCAAUCGCUCGACCAAACAGAAGAGCCUUAGCAGGAAGAGGCAGCAGAAUUGCAUUGCAUGCCUUGCUUGCUCAAGCCUAUUCUAUUCCCUAGAUGAUGUUUGUAUGGGUGUAUAAGGCCUCGGAAGAUGUAAAUCUAGUUUUUCAUUUGUCAUUUAUGUUCUUUAAAGCCUAAUGCCUAUAACUGCAAUUGAGCUUUUCCCGGUAUCUACUUGUGAAGGCUUUCUAUGAUUCUGUACAGGAGUGCCAUCAAACAAAAGAACAGGCUACCAGUGUAACCUAAUAGAUAAUAAUAUGAAGUUGUCAUAGGUUUAUAUUUCCCAA